AUGUUUUAUAUUCCAUGUGACAAAGCAAACACGAGAGACUAUUUCAAAGAAUGGAAUGGUUAUUCUUUGUUAGUGGCUGCGGUUUCUGUCGGCAAUGUUGGUCAAUUGGCAGCAGAUUUAAUUGUGUCCACUUUGGAGAUGACCAGUGUUGGUUACAUCUAUGAUGAAAGUAUUCUGCCUGUGGUGGGAAAUAACCCUUACUCAGCAGUUUCUCAUUCUUCCUGUUCAUUGGUUACAGGCUGUGAAGUGUAUGAAUGUCCAGAAAAACAGUUGGUGUUGAUAUUACAGAGAGCUCCAUUUGUGAGGGGUAAACGUGCUGGAUUUCGAAAACGCCUUGUACAAUGGAUCAAAGCUCACACAUUUAACCAGGUUAUCAUUCUUACAAGCAGUUUUUCUCAUGAACGCCUUGACUCCCAGUUGAUGGGUUCUCAGUUCCGUUUCCUGACUUCUCUCAGUUUGGAAUCAACAGUUGGGGAUCUUUUCAGAAAUAAAUUCAAAUGGAAGCAAUUGGAAAAAAGACCUUGUUUUCCUGCUCCUUCAGGACUUGAAAGUGGUAGCAAUGACCAAACUGGAACAAUCUAUAUACCUGGAGGUGGUAUUGCAAAGACAUUAUUCACAGAUUGUUGCAAUUCAGACUUGAAUGUUAUUGUGCUGCUGCUAUUUUGUGCUGAAGGAGACAAUGCCUGGCAUGCCCAGUAUUUAGCCACUCGGCUCAAUCAAUGGCUGUCACUGAUCCCAGUUUCUCCAAAUGCAGAUCUACAAGCAACUGGAAAUUGGACAAUUCCUCCUUCUUGGAGAUUGACUUUUGGAAGUGCUUUUGAUCCAACACUUUAUCACUGA